CGUUUAAAACAUAAAAUUGUAAACUUCACUUGACAAAAAAAAAAUAUUUGGUGCAAAAAUAAAAUAUUUAAAGUGAUUAAAAAUAUAAAAUAUAAUAUUUGUGUUUCAUUAUAAACAAAUUAUUUGGUGAAAAAAACUAUAAAUUUAAAGAACAAGAAUAAAGCCAAUAUAUAAGAUAAUAAGAGAGAGAAAAGUAUUUGUUGAUAAAAAAUAUUAAUAAAUUUAAAAAGUAUAUAAAUGUAUGUAUAUUGGUUUAUGUGUGUAUAUACCAUACGUGUGUGCACAUUUUAAAAUCAAAGCCCCAACAACAAAAAAAAAUGUAUGGCAUGUGUUGUACACCACCAACUACAAACCAGCUAUAAAACAAAGUCUCUACAACAAUAACAACUCAAACUCAUCGCCCCCACCAUGACAAUUACUCCGAACGAAUACAGCGAUUUGCUUGCAUACUUCAGCAAUGAUUCAGCCGCCAAUAAUAUUCUCUCACUAGCGCUCACACAAUUAAAUGAAACCCACACAUUGACAGUUGGUAAUAUUUCAAGCGCUGCGGCGGAAUCGAAUAUGUACGCCACCACGAAUGACAGUAGCGACAUUAGCCUGCUCAUCAUGGUCACACAGCCGGCAAUGUACGCGAAUGCGUCUGCGAACGCAAGCGACUACGGCGACAACGAUGCGAGUGCGGUGAUGAAUCGCAGUGCGAUCGUGGUGCCGGCGGGGGGACGACGUAUGCCGACCGAGAUGCCGUUCUGGCUAAUACUCUGCUAUAGCAUAAUAUUUCUCUGUGCCAUAAUUGGCAAUUUGUUAGUGAUAUCGACGCUAAUACAGAAUCGUCGUAUGCGCACUAUUACUAAUCUUUUUUUGCUGAAUUUGGCAAUAUCCGAUAUAUUGUUGGGGGUCUUCUGCAUGCCGGUGACAUUGGUUGGUACCCUGUUGCGUGAUUUUAUAUUCGGCGAGUCCUUCUGCAAGCUCAUACCAUUUUUGCAGGCGAUUUCCGUGGCUGUCUCCUCAUGGACGCUCGUCGCCAUAUCCUGCGAACGCUACUAUGCCAUCUGUCAUCCGCUUAGAUCGCGCGCAUGGCAAACGCUCAAUCAUGCCUAUCGCAUUAUCGGCUCCAUUUGGGUAUGCAGUCUUAUUUGCAUGACGCCCAUAGCGAUAUUUAGUCAAUUGAUGCCGACCAGCCAGGGUCUACGCAAAUGCCGUGAACAAUGGCCCGCAGACAGCGUCGUCUACGAGCGCUCCUACAACAUUUUUCUGGAUCUCGUUUUAUUGGUAUUGCCAUUGCUAAUACUCAGCUUCGCUUAUAUGCUAAUAACACGCACGCUCUAUGUGGGCAUGCAGAAUGAACGUGCCAUGAUUUUUGGCAGUGUCGCACCGAUUGUGGCAGGUGGCAGCGGUGCCGGUGGUGGUGGUGGUGGAAAAUUGUGCAGUGAGCUGGAAACUUUUACUACCGCUUUGGUACCAAAUCCCGCCGCAACAUUGACUACAACAGCAACAACGACAAAGAAAACAACGAAUCGAUUUCAAUUCAAUGUAUCGUUUCGUGUACGUGGGCGCAGCGCUUGUAGCAGCAGCGUUGAUGAUUUGGAUGAACAGCAACAACAACACAAUGCGAUGAAAAAAUCGAAAUCACAGUGCCGUCAAUUACAACAACAAUCAAUGCAGGAACAACCAAAACAAUACAGCGAACCGAACCAACCAUGCUACGACGACAUCGGUUCGUCGCAGGCGAUUGCAACCACGGCUGUAUCGCAUAAGCGUAAAUUGCUGACGGCGACAGAUGGACGCCGUCAUUUGUAUUGCAUACGUUCCGGCUCGAUAAAAUCACUCAAUCAUAACAACAACGAUCGCAACGGUGGCCUGGGCAGCAGCAAGAGCACAUCGACGUCCUCAUCGAUGACGGUGAUUAAUGUUCCGCAGCAGCAACGCUUCAAGCUUUAUCAGCAGCGACACCAAAGCCAACAGCAGCUACAUCAGCACCAACAGCAACAGCAACAACAACAGCUGCAAAUGUAUAUGCAGCAGCAAGAUAUCGAGCGAAGUAAAUCAACGUCGACACCGAGUCUGCGGUUACACGAUACCGCAUUAAGGAGAUCCAACAAAACGAAGAGUCUGGAGAGUAAGAAGCGUGUUAUUAAAAUGCUCUUCGUGCUUGUGUUGGAGUUCUUCAUCUGCUGGACACCGUUAUAUAUCAUCAACACAGUGGCGAUGUUCAUCGGGCCGGUAAUUUACGAAUAUGUGGGCUAUAGAUGGAUACCGUUUCUGCAAUUGCUCGCUUACUCGAGCAGCUGUUGUAAUCCGAUUACGUACUGCUUUAUGAAUGCGGGUUUUCGGCGCGCCUUCCUCGACACUUUCAAGGGCAUCCAGCUGAGCGGUUUUUUAUUUCGGCGCAAAAACUCAUCCAACAACUCGGUGGCGGGAAACUCCAUUAUAAUGGCCAACAGCGGCACCAUAAUGACUACAAACACCAUGCUGGACAGUCCGCGACUCUGAGGGCAAAAGCGGCGCCGACCAGGACCGAACUCCAAAUGGCAACGACAGAUGUCUGAUUCGGUGUAGGCGGCCUGAUUGCCUACGUGGUUGUGUACGUGGGUGUGUGAGUGUUUGUGUAUAUGUGUGCGUGGGCUUUUAUAAAAUUUAUCGCAACAGAUUUUAAUGUUAUUAUCCAUAAUUGUUAUUUGCGUGUAUAUAUGUAUGUAAGCAGCAGCGGCAGCACAUAAUGCUAAGUUUGGCUAAUUACAUAGCCUACGCUGUGUGGUUAAAAUCCCGUUAUUAAUUAUUCCAUUCAAAUGUCAGUUGUAAAUACCAGAUAAAAUUAAUGAGAAAUUUUUGAAAAAUUUUGUCAAAAUCCAAAAUUGUAAUAAAUUCAAUUACAAAUCGUUCGAAUGUGUUAAUAUUGCUUUGUGGCUCAGCAGUGAUAAUUGAACAUGCUAUACUUAUAUUUGCAUGUAGGUGUGCCGAUAAUAAACUCAUAAUAAAGUUGUGAUUUUUAAGGAUGAGGCAACCAGAGAUUCGUCGGACUAGGUUUCACAUUUUGGCUUUUAUAUAAAUUGGAAUGCGAUUAGUGUGUAAAAUAACCAAUAACUAACAACAAAUUUGACUAAAUAUCAUAUAAUAAACAAAAAUAAACAGUUUAGCAAGUUUAGCAAAAUAUUUGUGUGUAUUUGUAAUCCAUGUAAAUAUAUAUGUACAUUUUGAAAUAGUAUCUAUGUUUGUACGUACAGUUGUUUAUUCAUCCGUUUGUCAAUGUUACUCAAAAUACAUAUACAUAUAUAUAUGUACAUAUAAUUCGAAAUCCAACAAAUUUCAUUAAUUUUAUUCAAAUUCGCUUUCAAAUAUAAAAUUAAGCAACUCUUUUAUUUUUAUGCUGUAAAACUGAAUAAAAUGUGAAAUUAACAAAAAAAA